CUUCACUUCGCUCCCCCGUCGCUGGCUGCAAACGGAUGGGCAGGGAGGUGCAGCGCCCGCGGACGCCUGGGCUCAGGAGCUCUGGGAAGGGAGGAGUUAAAAGGACCUUGGGUCCAGGGACUGGGAAAGUAGUCGGGAAGGGAGACUAUGACAAUGCCCUGCUUUCUGACCUGGAGACCACAACCUCACACAUGCCAAGGUCAGGGGCUCUAAAAGAGCGGCCCCCAGAGCCCCUCACGUCUCCUCUGACACAGAUGGGGCCUGGGGAAUCUUCAGGAGCCUCUGGGGACAAGGACCAUCUGUAUAGCACGGUAUGCAAGCCUCGGUCCCCGAAGCCUGCAGCCCCUGCCACCCCUCCAUUCUCCUCUUCCUGCGGCGUCUUGGGCACGGGGCUCUGUGAGCUAGACAGGUUGCUUCAGGAACUUAAUGCUACUCAGUUCAACAUAACAGAUGAAAUAAUGUCUCAGUUCCCAUCUAGCAAGGAGACAGCAGGGGAGCAGAAGGAGGACCAGUCUGAGGACAAGAAAAGGCCCAGCCCCCCUCCCAGCCCCUCCCCUGUUCUCCCAAAGCCUUCAGCCACCUCAGCCACCCUGGAGCUAGAUAGACUGAUGGCCUCACUCUCUGACUUCCGUGUCCAGAACCAUCUUCCAGCCUCGGGGCCCACCCCACCACCAUUGCCAAGCUCCGUGAAUGAGGACAUCCCCUCCCCAACAGGGCCCACCAGCAAAGGCAGCCUGGACACCAUGCUGGGGCUACUUCAGUCUGACCUCAGCCGCCGUGGCGUUCCCACCCAGGCCAAGGGCCUCUGUGGCUCCUGCAAUAAACCCAUUGCUGGGCAAGUCGUGACGGCGCUUGGCCGUGCUUGGCAUCCUGAGCACUUCGUUUGCGGCGGCUGUUCCACCGCCCUGGGAGGCAGCAGCUUCUUCGAGAAGGAUGGAGCUCCCUUCUGUCCUGAGUGCUACUUCGAGCGCUUCUCUCCGCGAUGUGGCCUCUGCAAUCAACCCAUCCGACACAAGAUGGUUACUGCCUUGGGCACCCACUGGCACCCGGAGCAUUUCUGCUGCGUUAGUUGCGGGGAGCCCUUCGGAGAUGAAGGUUUCCACGAGCGGGAGGGCCGCCCCUACUGCCGCCGGGACUUCCUGCAGCUGUUCGCGCCGCGCUGCCAGGGUUGCCAAGGCCCCAUUCUGGACAACUACAUCUCGGCGCUCAGCGCGCUCUGGCACCCGGACUGUUUCGUCUGCCGGGAAUGUUUCGCGCCCUUCUCGGGAGGCAGCUUUUUCGAGCACGAGGGCCGUCCGCUCUGCGAGAACCAUUUCCACGCGCGGCGCGGGUCUCUGUGCGCCACGUGUGGCCUCCCGGUGACCGGCCGAUGCGUGUCGGCCCUGGGCCGCCGCUUCCACCCGGACCACUUCACCUGCACCUUCUGCCUGCGCCCGCUCACCAAGGGCUCCUUCCAGGAGCGCGCGGGCAAGCCCUAUUGCCAGCCCUGCUUCCUCAAGCUCUUCGGCUGACCCCCUGCCGGGGUCGCCCCUCCGGGAGAGCGCAGCCCCAAAGACCUCGCCCUCCCCCCCCCCCUCAAAAGAUCGGGCUCUCCAGACCUCAAGGCCUUGCUGUUGGAGCUUGGGGCUCCACCAGCCCGACUUCUUGAGGCCCCACCCCACUGGAGGAACCGGCCCCGAAGGUACUGUACGUUCUUCGUGGGCGAGUUCAGAAAAGGCCCUGCGAACCCUUACGGCCACACGCCUCCCGAAGUGGGUCCGUACACUGACCGAUCCCACGUGAGCCCCUCACUUUGUUCCCAGCCUUGAGGGAGCCCCCCGACUGGAGGAGGGCCCUUGCAAUUCCCACGAAUCCGAGACCAGGCCAAGACGUCCCUCUCCCCGCCCCUCACUGUUCUGUGCACUUUUUUCUACCUACAUAAACACACAUUCCACGUCA